CGCUCCGCUCUCAGCCUCCCACCCGCGAACUCCCCACGACCCAAAACCUAGCUAGGUUUAUUUCCCCCUCAAAACCCCUCCAAUCUCAGCCUCCCACCCGACCAGUACCUCCCCACGACCCAAAACCUCCCCUCUCAAAAAUUUCAAUUGACCUCCGAUCUCACCUCGAUCAAGACCUUGAGACCUUCACUUUCCCUUAUAAUAACAGAUUUAGGCGUCUCUGGUCUUUCCAAUUCGUGCAAUUGUGGUUGCGUCUCUCCCCUUUCCGAUUUCUGGCAAUUGCAUGUGCUGAUCGCCUCACCCCCACAAAGACAAUAUUCUUCCUUUGGUUUGCGCUAUCCGGUUGGUUGUUCAGGUUCUUCAUUUUUGCUACUUGGGUACUGCCAUUUGCUGCUCCUCUCUUCUUAUUGGGACAUUUGCGAAUAAUUUUGCUAUUGAGUGAGAAGAUGUACCGUAACAAAACGCCUACCGUUCAGAGUUCUACUUCUGGUAAUGCACCAAGUAAUCAAUCACAUGCAGAAUUAUUGAAAAAGAAACGUUCUCAUGCAGCAACUAGUUAUCUGCCAUACGUGAAUUCUACAGGGAAUGGAUCUGGUUCUAAUCCGAGUACAAAACGUACUCGUCUGCAAACUUCCAAUCAAGAAUGCCAAAAUUCUGUAGCAGAUGGACUGAAUUCUAGUAGUACUGUUGUCACCACAGAACGAACUACUACUGGGAUUAGAGUUAGUGCACGUCUUCAGCAACAAAGUGUUAAUGAUCAGCCAGUGGUAAACACCAUAGUUGAAGAGCGAGAUGAUAAUGUGAUGUCAGAUAUUAAUCAGGAGCCUCCUUCAGGUACAACCAAAAAGGUGCGAGGGAAGACAAGAGGAGUGAAUGCAGAUAAGGUGUUCUCCCAAUUGAAUUCUAAAAUACCUGUGACUCUGACCGAAGAAAAUGGCAGACCUACGGGCCCUUAUGCUGAGAUGUUUGCAAAUGAAAUUGGUUACACAAUUCGAAACUACGCCCCACUGAAUGUGGAAAAAUGGAAGAAGAUUGAAAAAGCAGAUGUGGAGAACUUGAUCAAAAGAAUGCAGAAUAAAUUUGAAUUUGAUAUGUCGCUCCCUUGGGUCCAGAGAUAUGUAAUUACAACAUGUCAGACCGUAUAUUGUAAUUUUCGUUAUAAGUUAAAGAAACAUUUUGAGCAGUUUUCAACAAUUGAGGAGGCAAUUGAAAACAAACAUGAAGCUGUCAAGACUCAGGAAGAAUGGGAGUUUCUUUGCACUCAUUUUUCUAGUGAAAAGUUUAAGAUUCGCUCAGAGAAGAAUGUUCUUAAUAGGUCAAAGUUGACAUAUCACCACAAAGCUGGGUCAAAAUCAUUUAUGUCACACCAAGAGCAAAUUGCAACACAGACUGGAGAGAUGCAAUGUGCAAUUGAUCGUUUUGAAACAGAGUAUAGAAGCACAAAAAAAUGAUGGGACUUGGGAGCAAAGGAAAAAUGGGAUCAAAUGAUAAAGAUGCGAGCAGAUACCACUCAACCUGAUGGAACUCGAACAAUGACAGAUGAGGAAAUUUGUGCAAAAGUUCUCAAAGUCAAAUCAGGCUACAUUAAGGGCUGUGGUUUUGGCCCUAGACCACCACC